GCCAGUUCAAGUUGCCAUAGCAGACGAUAGCGGUAUCACAAGUUGAUCAUCCGAAAAUUGUCUAACAACUGGGCAUUCGGCGUUGCUUAUUUCUAGCCCCUGAUUCAUGGCAGUAUGGACUCCUCCAGUGAAUCUGGCACAUAUAAUAGACCCAGAGGGCAUCGAUGGCGGGCUAGGGAAAGGUCAGACAGUGGGUUUCCAAGGGAUACACAUGUAUCAGACAUAUCGGUCAAAAUCGACACUUUAGCAAACACUCUCCAGGAUACAAGCCGAAAUCUAAACAAAGUGGAUCGGAUGUUGGAACAGUACAAGGAACACGCAGAUGAUCAAGUUGAAGCCAUGGCGACGCUGAGAGAGAGCUUAGAGGAGUCAGUCCAGCAUCUGCAGGGACAGCGUUUGAGGAAGUCUACCAGUGGGUGGAGAACUUCGAAUUCCAUACUGCAAACAAGUGACUUGGAGGAUGGCAGCGCCACAGAAAGGUGGUGCAGCCCUCCGACGUCCACUCUAAGAAAUUAUGGGAGUGCAGCCACAGGUAACAGAAGACGGUCUGGUUCUGUCGCGGUGCAUUUCAGAGAUGUCACUCAAGCUGAAGGGGAGAUACACUCACUGCAUCAGUCACUUAGAGACCUGCGGAGUGAUCAACUUCGAAUGGGUGAUGACAUUGAUAGAGAAAUCAGCAAAAGAAACAGGACUGACAUAGAAACUAAGAGGAUAUUGGAGGAUCUUGCAGGCCACGUUCGGGCAUCAAAAAGUGAAGAGCUUGUCUCAUUACGGGUAGAGAAACGUCUACAGGAGAUCGAGGAUGAAAUGCACUCAAGGGAGCAGGUGGCUUCUGAAAGACAUCACAUAGAGAAACCAGAUGGCAUGUCUCAACUACAGAAGAUGGAUGACAUGCGUUCGCAGCUUCUCAGGAUAGAGAAAGACCAUGUACAAUUGCAAAGGGAGAUGUCUUUACUGCUGUCUCAGCAAAGGAGCGCAAGGAGACAACAGCAAGGAGGUGUCACAGGCGUUGACAGUGAGCUGGAGAGAGGGUUGUAUGUCUCUAGUGAGGUAGAAGAGCUGAAGAAAAGCAUUGAACAAAGAGAGAAAGAGAAAGCUCAGCUUGCUUUCCAGGUUGAGGUCCUUUCUUCAGAUUUGGAGCAGCAUCAGUUGCAGAAGUUGAGCCAACUAAAGGAGGUCCAGUCUCUUUUAAAGAACAAUAGUUUGGAGUGUUCACAUCUAAAGGCCCAGCUUAUUGAAAGUGAGACAAGGAGAGAGGAGCUGCGGUCAAAGGCACAGGAAGCAAUCCGACAGUGGAAGACUAAGUGUAAGAAACUGGGACGAGAGGUUCAGGAACUGAAGAAUGAGAGCAGAAAUGGCACCGAUAAAAACAAAUGGCACAGAAACCUGUUGCCAAUCCAGAUUUGGAACCCAGUCUGACCCAAGAACACUUCAAUGGAACAACAUCUGAACAAACAAGCAUGUAGUGGUUCACUAUUGCUGAAGCUAUCGAGGUGCAGUGCCUGUCUGAUCACUUAAAUAUAUACUGUAGGACAUGCAGUACUACUGUAUGUAUAUAGAAUGUUGAAACCCAUAAAUUGUCUUGUAUGACGCUUAUAAAAUCGUGUUUAAUUUUG